AUGCAUAACACUUGCAAUGAGCAAGCUAUUAUGGCAAAUACAGCAGAAGCUUAUGAAAUCGUUAAAUUAUAUGAUUCGGUUUUCGGUUCCCUUUUCUUCCUUUCUUCAUCUAAGCUCUACCCGACUCUCUUGAAGGGAUCACCUCCAACUACCCUUUUUUCUUCUUCUUCGUCAUCAUUUUCGAAUGGCACAAAAUGCGGCAGCUUCUUUGGUUAUUAUUAUUUCUUGUUUCGUGUCAUCCAGAACAUUAAUAUCAAUAGUAAAUCCAACGAUUCUUAUGUUGCAGCAAUUUUGAUCUUAAAAGUGGCAAGUUUUGUCGGAUUCUUCUGGAUCACAAAACCCAACACCCGAAUGUCUGUGAUCCAAAACAAACCAUGUUAUGAAUGUCCAGCCGAGUUCAUUGAUGUCGCCGACCUUUUCUUUUCAUACUUUGGUCAAAUCAGCAAGCUACUCAAUUCUCAGCUCUUUUCUUGCUAA